CAGUAAACCCUAAAAACAAAUCUGUAUCAAUUUUUAUUUGCAAGAAACAUGGCCAAGUUUUCCCUCAAUAGCCUUUUGCUUCUCAGCAGGAGAGAAUCAACAGUUGCAGCAGAGAUUACUAAAACUCAGACCACGACAUCGUCCGUAAUUAAAGAAGUGGCUGAUUCUGUAAGAAAAGAUGUAUUCUGGAUGAAAGAUCCAAAGACUGGUAACUGGAUUCCAGAGACUCACUUUGAGCAGAUUGAUGUUGCAGAGCUCAGAGAGAAACUUCUUUCCAAGAAGACAAAAUCUGAAGGUUUUUAAUGGGGCCCCCGUUGUGAAAUUCUGGUGAAUUUAGGCUGGAAUUCCUGUAAAACCAAUGUUCAUGAAUAAAUUUCAGUUUUUGUUUGCCUGUAUUUUGGAAAAUGGGGCUCAAACCAUAGAAUACUUUUGUGCCAUGGAUUCCUUCCAUGUACUACUGUUUGUCUAUGAUUUAAAUAAUUUUGCUUUAUCAUUAUCUUGUUCGGGGCCAGAUGAAAGAAAAAUCUUUUAAAUCAUAGUUUUGCUCCUUUAACCGUU